AUGUCCAAACUGAAAAUCGGGUUCAUUCCAGAACACUUCAGCACCCCCCUCGCCUUCGCGCAAAAAUACUACGGCCUCGACGCCGACCUCGAGCCCGUACCAACCGGCACAGGAACGCUCACAGCCCGGCUCAAAAACGCAACAGACGAGGGGCCACUCGACGUCGCCAUCGGGCUCACGGAGGGCUUCAUUGCCGAUCUAGGCAAGGCAAAGGCCGCGGGCGUGGAGCCGGGGUAUGGGCUUGCAGGCAACUAUGUCGCGAGUCCCUUGCUGUGGUCGAUUGUCGUUGGGGCUGGACGGGAUGAUCUACGGUCUGUAGAGGAUUUGAAGGGGGGCAAGGUUGCCGUGAGUCGGAUUGGAAGUGGCUCAUACGUCAUGUCCUACGUCCUCGCCGACUCGCAAGGCUGGCUCGACGCCUCGUCAGAAAAAGAUGCCUUCGAAGUGGCGCCGAUAGGCGACUUCGCCGCGCUGCGCAAAGCCAUCAACGACCCGGGCAAAAGCGACUUCUUCAUGUGGGAGUGGUUCACCACGCGCAAGUACUGGGAGAACGGGGAGGUGAAGAACAUCGGGUCCAUCCCGACGCCGUGGCCCAGCUGGGUGAUUGCCGCGCGGCAUUCGGCGCGCGACGCCCUGCCGGACCUGAUGGAGAAGAUCAAUCGCGGCGUUGCGCAUUUCAAGCAGCAUCCCGAGGAGGCGGUGGAGUAUAUUACUAGUACUAUGCAUUACAGCAAGGCAGAUGCGGAGGAGUGGAUGGAGACUGUGCGCUUUCCGGAUGAUGUGAGGGGCGUGGAGGAGGGGAUGGUGGAUAAUGCCAUUUCCAUUCUGAAGAAGGCGGGGGUGUUGAAGGGGGACGUGGGAACGGCGGAGAGCAUGAUUUCCUUCAAGCGGAGCUCUUGA